AUGGCUGUAAUUAACAAGGGAGAACUUACAGCAUCUGAGAGGAAAAUUUUGCAAGUAAUUGAAGCUGGUGAUGUGCAAGAAGCAGCCCAACUGCUUACGAAUGAAGACGUUCGAGUCAACUGUUUGGAUGAGUGUGGGAUGACGCCGCUGAUGCACGCGGCCUAUAAGGGCAAAGCCGAGAUUUGUCGCCUGCUUUUGCAGCAUGGGGCUGAUGUCAACUGCAACCAACACGAGUACGGCUACACCGCACUAAUGUUUGCCGGUUUAUCAGGGAAGACAGACAUCACAUCUAUGAUGCUGGAUGCCGGGGCCGAAACGGAUUUGGUGAAUUCUGUGGGUCGCACUGCUGCUCAGAUGGCAGCCUUUGUAGGCCAGCAUGACUGUGUGACAGUCAUCAACAACUUUUUUUCACGGGCCAGGCUGGAGUAUUACACAAGACCACAGGGGCUGGAAAGGGAGCCCAAGCUACCACCAGGGUUAGCAGGACCCCUGCACAAGAUCAUUAUGACAACCAACCUCAACCCAGUCAAAAUAGUCAUGCUGGUGAGGGAGAACCCGGCUCUUGUGGAUGUCGGGGCCCUGGAAAAGUGUUACCAGGUGAUGGACCUGCUGUGUGAGCAAUGUGUGACGCAGCAAGACAUGAACGAGGUCCUGGCCAUGAAGAUGCAUUACAUCAGCUGUGUGCUACAGAAAUGUGUCGCCUUUCUACAAAAGCGAGAUGACAAGUUGGACGCGCUUGUGAAGAGUCUCCUAAGGGGGAGAGACAGUGACGGGUUCCCACAGUACCAGGAGAAAUUCAUUCGAGACUGCAUCAGGAAGUUCCCUUACUGUGAGACCACACUGCUUCAGCAGCUGGGCAACGACCCGACUGCGUACUCAGUACUAACUCAGGCACUGACGGGUCAGAUGGCCUUUGUGGAUGCGGACUACUGCGCUACAUGUGGAGAGCGGGGAGCUGACAAGCGCUGCUCCCUCUGUAAAUCUGUGACUUACUGCAGUUUGACUUGCCAAAAGCUCCACUGGUUCACCCACAAAAAGAUGUGCCGCGCUAUGCAGGAGCAGAAUGCAGAUUUGGAAAGGGACGCCCCAAGGCUGAAAGAGCUCAAAGAUGAUGAGAGUGAUCUGGUGUUGGAGACAGCCAACUUCCUUCAGGAAUUGUGUCUGCGGGCCGAGGAGACGGUGGCUGCCGCUGGUGGGUGCCCUGCUAAGCUGCUCGGAUCCCCACCUGCGCCAUCACAUGAACCAUCCAGCUCCCAGGAAUGA